AUGAGUAGAUCAAUGAGAAAAGGAAACACACCUGCACUCAAUAGUUAAAUCAGACCAUUCUCACCAAAUCUUACUUUUAAAACUGACUAAUUAGAAAAUCAAGUUCUCCAACCUUGUUAAGAAAAAGCUGAAGUCUAAUAUUUGCGUUUUGAGAUCCAACAAGAAAGAUAAAGAUCUUCCUAAUUGGAAAUGUAGUUAUAAUGCGAAAUCAAUUAAAGAGUGCAAAAUGAAUAACUAUUCACUAAUGAUAUCAACAUUUUGAGGCAACAAAAUGAAGAUUACAAAUUGAGAAUUCAAGAGCUUGAAAUUAAAUUUCGGGAAAACAGCAUCCAAUAUCAAAAUCUCUUGAAAGAGUCCAACGAUAAAGUUGUAACCAUGAGCAUCGAAAUCGAGAGACUUCAUAAUUUAUAAUUAAAUAAAUACAAUGACAAUGAACAGAUUUUACGAUAGAACGAUUAAAAAUAAUUAGCUCAAGAAUUGAUUGCAAUUUAGAAGUUGGUCGAAGAUUUGCGGAAUGAAUUAAUCACUAAACAAAAAACCAUCUAUUACUUGCAAGAAUAAUUAUAGAUGACUCAAUCAACUUAACGUGACAAUAUCGGUUCUAAUAGUAAACUUAGGGAACAAGAAAAAAACAUAGAUCAAUUAGUCAGCUAAAUCAAUGUACUUACAUAGAUUUUAGAAGACAAAGAGAACUCCUUACAAUAACAAAGCAAACAAGUUGAGAAUAUUUUUAAUGAAUUACAAUAGGUCACUUUAUUUAAUAGACAAUUGAAUGAGGAAAAUAGAAACCAAAAAUAAGCACUGGAUUAAUCAUACAAGGAAAUCGAGAGAUUGAACAGAAUCAUUAUUAUCAAGAAUUAAGAAUUGUAAGACUCCUAUCAUAGUGAAAAUUUGGAUUGGAGAAGAAAUUUCCAAGAUUUAAAUGAGAAGUACCAUAAAUGCCAAGAAUAAUUAUGUUUCGCUUAGGCUGAACUCGAAGCAUGUCGUGCCACUUAAAGAAUGGCUUAUUUAUAAUCAGAUAAAUGA